AUGGUCAGUAUAUCCUCAAAAUGGCCGAACCUCCCCAAAACUCCCCAGAAGCCCAACAACCCAAUUCUCCAAUCUCCCCACCCCUCCCACCUGCAAUACUUCGAUGUCUCCGGCGAUCCCAUUUGCUGCUUCUCCUACGCUAACAGGGUCAUCGCGAUGAACGAUAUCCGAAGUGCCCAGUUAACCGGAUCGUGCGCAUUCUGGGGUACCGUAUACGGCCUGAAGGUCAGGAGCCGCAACUUCGCCGCGGGGAUUGGCAUGACGCUGAAGACCAUGAUUGACGAGCUGAGUUGA